AUGCGCUUCUUCGCCAUUACCACCGCCGGAACGCUCCUGUUCCAAAGCAGCACCAUCAUGGCCGCCACGGUCGACCUUCAGGCACGAGGCUGCUCCCGCUCUAACACCGGUACACACUGCAUCUCCUCCGACCAGGGUACCCAAGACAACGCUCGCGCCGCACUGAAAGACCUCAUGAGUCAAUGCGGCAACGGCAACCUACCAGGGAACGCCAAACGCGUCUCCAGCAACGCGUACAACGGUAUUGUUGCCUACGCCUGCAAUGGCUUCUGCCGCACUGGCUACAUGCCCUGCCAGGACGCUGAGUGGAGCAUCAACCGCGUCAUCAACAACUGCAACUUUGGCAAGGGUAUGGGAUGGGACAGCCAGGAGACAAGGGGCACGUGGUAUGGCAUUGCGCAUGAUUGGGACAACCCGUGUGGCUAUGGCUACACGGGUCGUGGUGCGACUUACUAG